AUGCCGGCGGCGGGCGGGCGGAGCGCGGCGCGGCGGGAGGCCACGGCGGGGCGGCUGGCGCGGUUCGCGGCGCUCAGAGGGAAGGCCGCUCCCCCCGGCGAGUUCUGGGACGUCGUGGCGGUGACGGCCGCGGAUGCGGAGCAGGCGCUCGCUUACCGGCAGCAGCUCUCCGAGAAGCUGGGCAGGAAGGAGCUCCCGCUGGGCGUCCGGUACCAUGUGUUCGUGGAUCCGCCGGGACCGAAGAUCGGAAAUGGUGGAUCAACACUUCAUGUUCUUCAGUGCUUGGAAGAUCUGUAUGGCGAUAAAUGGACUUCUUUUAUUGUGCUGCUCAUUCAUUCUGGUGGCUACAGUCAGCGUUUACCAAAUGCGAGUGCCCUGGGGAAGAUCUUCACAGCUUUGCCUUUCGGCGAGCCCGUUUACCAGAUGCUGGAACUGAAGCUCGCCAUGUACAUUGAUUUCCCCAGGCAGAUGAAACCGGGAGUUCUCGUUACGUGUUCAGAUGACAUCGAGCUUUACAGCACUGAAGCUGCAGAAGCCAUCAGGUUUGACAUGCCCGGAUUCACGGCAUUAGCACACCCGUCAGAUCUGGCGGUUGGGACCACGCACGGGGUGUUUGUUUUAGAUCCCUGCAGUUUCUCAGGAGAAGGAGGACUGGAAUACACAUCUUGCCAGCGUUUCCUGCACAAGCCCGACAUUGAGACGAUGCGCCAGUGCGGCGCAGUGCGUGUGAGAGGGAAUUGUGCUCAGCCAAGUUCCUCUGGAGAUCACAGCGACUCAGAAAAGGGCUCAGAGUGUGUGUAUACAGACAGUAUAUUUUACUUUGAUCAUAGCAUUGCAGAACGAUUACUGACAUUCUAUAAGCAGAUGGGCACUCUUUGCUGUGAAAUAGAUGCCUACGGCGACUUCCUGCAGGCCCUGGGACCUGGAGCCACUCAAGAUUACAUAGAGAACACAAGUAACGUCACCAGAGAGGUGGCACAGUUAGCCCAAGUGCGGCAGAAGCUGUACUCCCUUCUGAAAGGAACCCUGCUCAACGUCAUCGUCUUAAACAACUCCAAGUUCUACCACAUUGGAACCACUCAAGAGUAUUUGUUUCAUUUCACGUCUGAUAGCAAACUGAAGUUUGAGCUUGACUUACUGUCUGUGGCUUUCAGCAGCUCUCCUGACAAAGCCGAGGCCUUGAAUCAGUCAGUGAGUAUCAUUCAAAGCAUACUCGAUCCUGGAUGUUCUGUAGGGCCUGGAUCCGUCAUUGAAUACUCUCGCAUCGGACCUCAAGUCUCAGUGGGAAGGAGCAGCAUUAUUAGUGGGUCAUACAUCAAUUUGAAGGUAGAUAUACCUUCAGACUGCUUCCUGAGUUCGUUAAGCGUAAAAACUGAUGGUCAAGUGAAGUACGUAAGUAUGGUGUUCAGUGUAGAAGACGACUUGAAAAAGAGUGUCAAGUUGUUGUCAGAGAUACAUUCACUCCAGUUCUUCGGAGUCAGCUUACCAGAAUGCCUGAACCUCUGGGGUAUAGAGGUUUCAGACCUGCUCUUCUCCAGUGAGAACAAAGGUUUGGGCUUGUGGACUGCUAGGAUUUUUCCUGUUUGUUGUUCUUUAAGCGAAUCGGUUAGAAUGUCAUUAAAAAUGUUAAAUUCUGUGCAGCACAGGUCAGCUUUUAAAUUGGAUGGCUUUAAGCUCUUCUCUGUUGAGGAAAUGCUCGCCUACAAAGAUGUAGAAGACAUGUUGAAGUUUAGGAAGCAAAUUUAUGAUGAAAUCCAUCUACAAAGACAAGUGUGAUUUGUAAAUUGAACAGUACUUGAACAAAUUUCCUGGUUCCAUUUGUGGAUGAUUUGUUGCUUCCCAGCUUGUAAAGAUCCUAAGGAAAAAGUACACAGACCUCUGAUUUCAUUCAAGUGAAAAUAAUGAAAUUGCAUUAACAAUGUUGUUGUAGCACAACAUUAAUAAUGCAGCAAAAGCAGAUAAACUGUUCUUUUGAUGAAAGAAAUAAUGAAAUAACUUCAGGUCUCUGGAAGCACUAAUUGGUGACUUUUCUUAGGCUGCACAUUAUGUUUCGUAGUCUUUGUCAGUGAGAAUGUGAUACAGAAAAAAAUCAUUAGAAAUUUGACUAAAAACUGCUUUAAAAGUCUUCAAGGCAGAACAUUAGCUCCAGCAACAACGUGGAAUGAUGUGACAAUAACACACGUUUCUCUCCUUCCCUGCUGCCUUUUUACAGUAGCGUUACAAAUAGGUAAAUUUAUUAAACUUCCUUUUUAAAUCCA